CUUGAACGGUCACCAGUCAUGAGCGGUGCCAAGGACGUGUACUCGGACGACGAGCUCGACGGGCCAUACGAUGCGAAGAAGCUCCACCGCACGGCCAAGGUACGUGUCCUUGUCCUUGUGUGUCAAAUUGCAGCUGCCUAGUUUCUCGAGCCUGCGGCGCCGCUGGCGUGCAUGAGCAGCGAAAAGAAAUGCUCGCCCAAGCACCGUCACACGGAGGCAGACUUUGGCAAGCUCCCGAGCCCGUCGUCGCCGCGGGAAGGCAGCCCGCCGAGGAACCUCCCGCCCAUGCUCGCGAUGCCCAAGCCCAAGCCUUGCUUCAGCUCGCCAGCAUUCCCGCAGGUGCAGACGCGGCCGCAGUCGCCGACCGGAUCGCCCUCGAAAAAGCUGCCGCCGCCGCCCGAAAAGUACCACGCGCUCCAUGGCGGCCCCAUCGACCCCACCAGCCGCGUCUUUGUACCGGGCAAGGGCGAGCCCAAGACGACCCACCUGCCCAAGCCCGACAAGGUGAAGGCCAAAGCCACAAGCUCCUUUAGCGACGCCAAGCAGACCGAGCCGGCGCCGCAUCGGGUCAAGAGCGUGCAAAGCCUCGCGACUGAGAUCCGGCGGCUUCGCUCGCGGACGCACAACACGGACGCAGACGAAGUCGACGACGCGGACGCCAAGCACGCCAAGCCCCCGGCACCACAGACGCAGUCCCCGCCCAAGCGGUCGGUCGGCGCCGGUCGGCCCAACUUCAACUUGCAGCUGGACGUGUCGCCCAAGCAGCGGGUGCUGCAGCUCGACAUCGCCGACGCGGCCCGCGGGCCCAAGGACGACGAGGCAAAAGCGGCGAAGUCCAAAAAGCGCGACGCGUUCGGACUCAACUUGGAGCUCGAGCUGGAGCUCGACGAGCCGAGCUUAGAGAAAUCCUACGACCUGUCAGCGUCCGGGACGUUUGAUGUUGUUGACUUUCAGAUCAAGCAGACGGGCAUUGCACACCACUUGUCGCCGACGCCCAUCAGCGGCGGUCCGUCGUCGCCCCGGAACAACAUGAAGAAGCAGCUCAUCAAGCUCGGGGUGCUUGGCAAAGGCGCGAGCGGCGUCGUUCACAAGGCACUGCACGUUCCGUCGCUGCUGCUUGUCGCUGUCAAGGUUAUCCCAGUCUUUGAGAACGAAAAGCGUCACCAGCUCAUCGCCGAAGUCAAGACCCUCUACAACAACAUGUCGUCGCUCACCGAUGAGAGCGAGCGACACAAGGUGGCGUGCCCCGAGAUCGUGUGCCUCUACGAUGCUUUUAUGAACCCCAACGAAGGCAACGUCUCGAUCGUCGUCGAGUACAUGGACGGCGGGAGUCUCCAGGACAUUGUCGACACGGGCGGCUGCACGUCCGAGAGCGUCCUGGCCAACAUAGCGUUCCGCGUCCUCAAAGGCCUUCGCUUCUUGCACGAGCACCACCAGCUGCACCGCGACAUCAAACCCAGCAACCUCCUCAUCAACCAUUUUGGCGACGUCAAGGUCUCGGACUUUGGAAUUGCAAAAGAAAUGGAAAACUCGGUGGCCAAAGCCACGACCUUUGUGGGCACCUUGACCUACAUGUCGCCCGAGCGCAUUGCCAGCGAGGCCUACUCGUACAAGUCGGACGUGUGGUCCUUCGGGCUCUCCAUCAUGACGUGCGCCCUCGGGCACUACCCGUACGCGACCAAAGGCGGGUACUGGGAGCUCCUCCACAGCAUCCGCAACGAACCCCCGCCCAAGCUGCCCAGUAGCAGCGGCUUCUCGGGGGACUUUCGCGACUUCUUGGACAAGUGCUUGGCCAAGGACCAGAACGACCGGUGGAGUGUCAAGCAGCUGCUCGAACACAACUUUCUACGCGAGUGCCGGUGCGAGUUUGGCGCGGCGACUCCCUUCGCCGCGCGCGGCAAAGGCGACGACGAAGACGACGCCGAGAGCAGCCUCGAGCUCGAUGUGAUCGUGCCCAAGCUCAUGGACCACUACUUCAAGGCGGCGCGGGAGCUGGUUCUGGACCACGCCUACUCGUACGACGACAUUAUCGGGUGGCUCAAGCUCCUCCCGGCCAUGCAAAACAGCAAACUCAACCGGUUCGCUGACCAAGUCGGUUGCCCGCGCCGCGCCGUUUACAAGAAGCUCGAGCACGCGAUGAACCUGCUCCUCGAACGGAUCAAGGACGCCCACUUUGACGACGAAUAA